CCAUAUCCUACUGUGAGAAAUCUGGUCACCCUAGUCAGAACGUGCUUCUGUACAGCUAUAUAAUCUCCAUCUGUCUACUCCGAUUUGAGCAGCAGCUCUGAGAAGAAGCAUGUUUGACAGCAUCCUGGGAUAUGAGGGAAUUGCGGCCGGCGGAGGUGGUGCGUAUCUUCCACCUCCAAUGUCCUCUGUGCCGAUGCCUGUGCCUGCACAAGCCUCCAGCCAUCCAGAAUGGCACAACAACAUUCCUUCCAUCUCAGAGGGAAGAGCACGUGCAGCUUUUGAAGAUUACGUCUCUAGCAAGUGCUGCUAUAGUUCUGCCCCCGUCAGAGAUGGCGUUAUAACCAACAUGGAGUCCUUUAACACCUACAGGUAUCGUUUGGAGACAUUCACAGAGUACAGAUCUACUGAAUGGUGUCAGGAGCCUUACACAGGGCAGCACGUCGAUGCCGGGAAUCAGCGUGCUCCUGGACCGUGGGAGAUUGCAGCUCAACCUCCGUCCUACUUUACUGAGCACAAGGAGACCAUUAGAGUGCCUUACACUUCCUCAAUCAAGAAAUGUAACCCGUGCGGUGGACUGGGAAGAAACCCCUGUUCUUCUUGCACUGCAACUGGAAGCAAAGUGUGUUCUGAGUGUAACGGGUCUGGUCAAUGUCCUGAUAACGAGUCCUGCAAUAAAUGUGACUAUAGUGGACGUGAAAAAUGUAGUUCAUGUAGCGGCAGCGGCUUCCACAAGUGUGACACAUGUGAUGAAAAGGGACAGAUACUCGUCUUCAUCAAUCUCAAAGUCAAAUGGAGCACUGAGGGGGAUGAUUUCGUAGCGCAAGAUUCGAGCGGUCUGAGACCGGAAAAGCUGGGGAAGGUUUCAGGGAAGGUGCUCUUCAGCGACGCCCAGAUUACGGUCUAUCCAGUGCUGGGUUUCCCUGAUGUUUCUGUUGCACAAGCAUCUGAGCGUUUAAUAAGGGACCAUCAGGUGAAAUAUACCAAGAACUCCCGCAUAUUACAGCAGAGACAGACAAUCGAGCUCAUUACCAUAACAAGGGUGAACUACACUUGGAAAGAGAAGCCCUAUGUUUACUAUCUUUAUGGAAAUGAGUUGAAAGUGAACGCUGAUGACUAUCCUGCCACCUGCUGCUGUUCUGUGAUGUGACUCUACAUGUUCAUUCCUGCGCUGACAUCCAACAUUCAUCAUCUCAAACCUGACACAAAAAGAAAACCUGUACAAAAUGUCUAUUAUACGCAAGGGCCUGGUUUCACAGACGGGGUUUAGAUUAGGCCUUAGUUUAAUUACCACAUUUGAGUAGCUUUUAUAAACAUGCCUUAGAAAAAACAUUACUGGUGUGCAUACUGAGACAAAACAAUGGCAUUUACAUAUUUUUUAAGAUUAUGUCAAAGCAAAUUGCUUUCAGUUAAAACAGCUCAAACAUGCAUUUUAGUCUGGGACUAGACUUAAAUCUUGUCUGUGAAACCGGGGGCAGAAGUUCAAAACUGUUGGUGGUUAUAUUGCAGAUAUUUGUAACAUUUUAAUAUCCCAUCUUACUAUUCAUAAGACAUUUUAAUGCUAGUUUACUAUAAUUUUCUGAGGAACAGUUCUGCAAUAUUGCCUGCAGCAAAUUGUAUGUAAUGAAAAAAUGUAGUCUAAGUAACAUGAGUUUUGAGAAGUGAACACACAGAUUGAGAAGGGAACACAUUGAAGAUUUGACUUUAUCAAAAAAUCUGAUCUUUUUAUUUUUGUCAAAAAAAUUAUACUUCUUUAACACAUCAGAAUUUACAAAGUCUAAUUUUCAGAAGUGAAAAACAUUACUAUAUUAAUGUCAUUUUACUCUCUCAGUGUUUGUUCCUGUUUUCUCAUAUUAUACUGGAUAUUAUGUAAAAUUAUAACUAACAAAGUUUCUAUGUCCAAAAAUAUUGCUAGUAUUGAUUCCUUGUUAUUUUUUUAAUUUUUUUUUUUUUUUAAUUUUCUGUUUCCUAAAGCCACUCUGAUAAGCAUGAAAAACUACCAUAGUAUUUACUAUAGUAAAUUGUAGUAUACUGUAUAUAUUAUAGUAUUUACAACACUUUGUUAAUGAAUGCUACAGCAUACUGUAGUAUUAACUAUAGUGAACUGAUAAACUGUAAUACUGUAGUAUACUUUAGUUGUUACUACAGUAAACUGUAGUGUAUUGUAGUAUAUUAUACCCCAUAGUUGUAGAAAUCUAGUACAGUAUUGGGUAAAGUAAUUUGUUUAUAUUACUAUAGUUGUUGUAUUACCACAACAACUACAGAAUUACCACAACAAAUUUAUUCAAGUACUUUAGUAUGGUUCAAAAGCACUAUAGUAUUUACUAUAAAAGUAUUUUUGCAAUAUAGAUAACAUUCCUCUACUUUCUAUAUAAAAUGUCAUUCUGCGCCAGACUCUACAUCUGGUGCUGCGCCUGAUUUUAAGCUAGAGCUUUUUUAUAUUAUUUUAUUUACUUGAACAAAAUUCAUUUACAUUUACAAUUCACAGUCAUUUACAGUGUGUUUACACCGCAAAACAAAUUCUCUCCUUGCCAUUUUCGCGCUCUUGCAAACUGGAUUCUCCGACUUGCCAUAGAGUCCUCAAACCCAGUAGAGGAGGGCCCAUGUAGGUGAGUUCAUAAAUCUGUAUUUUGAGUGCCAUUUUGAGUCUGCAUUUUAACUGACUGGUUUGGCUUUCCAUAAACUACCUACACCACUGAAGCCAUUAAUCACAUGCGUUGUUUUUAAUCUUGUGUGACACUGGUGGGCGGAGCUACUGUAAAUUGGCAUUUAAUAAUAAACACUCUGAAUAAUCUUG